AUGGAUCCUCGAGAUAGUUCCUCAUCGACCCAUGCCAUUCCUCUUCGCACCAGAUUCCCUCCAGAUGCAAUUCCAAAGGAAGACUUUUCGGUUGACUGGCUCUACGAGGCUCUAUGGGAUCUCUGGAAAGACUGGCUACCUGCAGACCAAAAAGAAAAUGUUCUUCACGGAGGAUACUAUUCCGUCUUGGCUCGACCCGGACUUCGAAUCAUCGCCAUCAAUAACAACUUCUGCUACGCUUUCAAUUGGUUCGUAUGGAUGGAUAUUCCGGAUCCAAACGAUCACCUGAGUUGGCUAGUGAAAGAGCUCCAACAAUCGGAACUGGCUGGAGAAAAGGUAUGGAUAAUCGGCCACAUCCCACCCGGAUCUACGGAAUGUCUUCCGACCUGGAGCUACAAUUAUCGUCGUAUUAUCAACAGGUAUGAGAGCACAGUGACAGGUCAGUUCUUCGGUCACACGCACAUGGAGGAGUAUAACGUGUUCUUCGAUGAGGAAAGACCAGAGAGAGCCAUGGUUCUAGACCAUGAGACGUGGGUCUUCAACUUGGAUGAAGCAAACGCAGCUGGGGAAAUCUCUUGGUACCUGCUAUACAAGGCUAAGGAAACAUUCGGACUACCGGAUCUCUCACCCAAGUCUUGGGCGAGUCUCACCUGGAGAAUGACAGAGGACGAUGUUCUCUUCCAGCAUUUUCAUCGGAUACACGUGAGCAAUUCCUCAUCUUCGUCGCCGAUCGUGAGCAGAUGCAACGAGGAAUGCAAACGACUCCGUCUGUGCUUCCUGUUCAGGGCGGAUUCCAGCGACACGACGCAGUGCAAACUCAUUUCCAACGCAGUCUUUCGAUGA